AUGUCUGACGACGAAGUUAUACGUUUUGAAAUUACGGAUUAUGAUCUAGACAAUGAAUUUAAUCCUAACCGAAGUAGGAAAGCAAAGAGAGAACAUCAAAUAUAUGGUGUGUGGGCAAAAGACAGUGACGAAGAAGAUAAUGAGGACAACAUUAGACAGAGGGUUCGUAAGCCUAAAGACUUCUCUGCUCCCAUUGGUUUUGUUGCUGGUGGGGUACAACAGGCGGGAAAGAAAAAGGAGGAAAAAAAAGAAUUGGAGUCAAAAGAGGCAUCAACUUCAAGGCCCCAGUAUAUAAACAGCUCUGAUGAAGAUGAAAUAAACAAUCCAGAUGAGACUGAGACAGCUGGUAUCAGGCGAGCAGGUCAGGGGAUGAGGCAGCAGAACCUCGGUGGUAACAUGGGAGCGUGGGAGAAACACACUAAAGGAAUUGGAGCCAAACUUCUUUUACAGAUGGGUUACAAACCAGGGAAAGGGUUGGGCAAAAGUCUUCAAGGUAUAUCUGCACCAGUUGAAGCUACUUUGAGAAAAGGCAGAGGUGCCAUUGGAGCAUAUGGACCGGAAAAGUCAGUGCAAAAGGCAAAAAAGGAGGAAGAAAAGCGUCUUAAAGAGAAAGCGGAACAGGAGAAAGGAGCAACAGCUAAAACAUACAAUUGGAAGAAAUCUCAUAAGGGCCGUUACUUUUACAAGGAUGCAGCUGAUGUUAUUCAAGAGGGUAAACCCACUAUACAUACUAUUAGCAGUAACGAACUAUCUCGAGUGCCAGUUAUCGAUCUAACGGGUCGCGAGAAGCGCGUCCUUAGUGGAUAUCAUGCCUUACGUGCAGCUGCGCCCCGAUAUGAGCACGAACCUAGAAGAGACUGCACCAACUUCACGCUGCCUGCGCUCGCGCAUAACCUCGAGCUGAUGGUCGAGUGCUGCGAACAGGAUAUAAUUCAAAACGCCCGUGAGCUUCAACAAGCUGAAGAUGAGAUAGUGGUAUUAGAGAGAGACUUAGAUGAGUGUAAUUUGAAGCUCAAAGAUCAGGACCAAAUUAUUAAUAAAGUUCAAACUGUUUUAAUGAAAGUGGAAACCUUGAAUCAGCCUGAUGUGUCCCUUGAAACAGCAUACGAAGUUCUUUCUGAUUUAAAGGAGUCAAGCCCAUUGGAGUAUGAAAUGUUUGGUCUCGGUACAAUCGGAGCUACUAUAGUGAGUCCGCUAUUCAGUUCACUGUUGGCGAAGUGGGAUCCAUUACAAAAUCCAACCGAACCAGUCGAAACCUUUCGUAAAUGGCAAUUGUUGCUCACGGAGGAGUCUUAUAAUACGUUGCUGUGGCAACACUUUGUUCCUAGUAUCACUGCUGCGGCUGAAGUAUGGAACCCGCGAACAUCAGAUCCCAUGCUACGUAUCUUCGAAGCGUGGGUGGAAGCCUGUCCAGGCUGGUUGUUGGUAAACUGCGCAGCUAAAUGUGUCACACCCCGAAUAUUAGCUGCAGUAAGGGCCUGGGACCCCACCAGUGACACCCAGCCACUCCACGAGUGGGUUCUGCCUUGGCAUCCUUUAGCUGGUGAGGCCCUGAACGCAACAGUAUACCCCUUAAUACGAUCGCGUCUAGCCAGCGCGUUAUCCGCUUGGCACCCAGCCGAUGCCUCCGCUCGUCCGCUACUGGCCGUUUGGAAGAAUGCCUGGGGAAGCGCAUUGACUGCGUUAUUGCAUCAUCAUAUUGUGCCAAAAUUGGAACAUUGCCUGCAGCAUGCGCCCUUGGAGCUCGUUGGAAGGGAAAAUACCGCAUGGCUCUGGUGUGUGGAAUGGGCGGACUUAGUAGGGGCUCCGACGAUAGCGGCUCUAGCUGGUCGGGCUUUGUUACCACGUUGGUUGGGCGCAUUGGCCGCUUGGCUUAAUACGGCGCCGGCGCACGCCACUGUACUUGCCUCGUAUACUCAGUUUAAGAAAAUGUUCCCAGCAGAAGUCCUCAAAGAACCGGUAGUGCGAGAUGCUUUUAGGAAAGCCCUAGAUAUGAUGAACAGAAGCACAGAUAUCGAUGCCGUAGAACCUCCCCCACCACCACGAUUCACUAUCACGGACAAAGAAUCGUCCUCCAGAAUCGCCGAUGUGUUAGCGGCCUCUACUCAAAAGAGCUUUUCCGAAUUACUCGAAAGCAGAUGUAUGGAAAAGGGAAUUACUUUUGUCCCCAUAGCGGGCAAAAGUCGAGAAGGCAGGCCUAUAUAUAAAAUUGGUGAACUGCAGUGCUAUGUGAUAAGAAAUAUAGUGAUGUAUUCGAAUGAUAGUGGACGGAAUUUUAUUCCGAUUAGUAUGGAGAAGUUGUUGAAAAUGGUUGAGGAAUAA